AUGGCUUCCGCACCUCCCACCCAUUCUAAUCGAUCUCAAUCUGUCAAAAAGUCCAUGCGCCAAAAGCGAGGUCGUCGCAAAUCAAGCUUAAUGAAAAAAGCGUCCGAAUAUAGCAAGAUGUGCGAUGCAGACGUCUGUGUGGGCAUACGCCUUCGGGAAACCGGCCAAGUAUUUAUCCUAUCAGCGGAUACUUCGGGAUUUUGGGCAUUCCUUAGCUCGCAACUGAAUUCCUACUAUCCAUCCCCAAUGCUCGUAACAGACCAGGGUCUGGAGGAGCUCGAUAGAGAUACACCGAAACAACAUAAAUGA